AUGGUUAAAGCAGUCGUCGCAGGUGCCUCCGGCGGUAUCGGCCAACCACUCUCGCUCCUCCUCAAGGCCAGCCCUCUCAUCGACGAGCUCGCCCUCUACGAUGUCGUCAACACCCCAGGUGUCACCGCCGAUCUCUCCCACAUUUCCUCCGUUGCGAAGAUCGAGGGUUACCUACCAGAGAAUGGCGAGGGUAUUAAGAAGGCGUUCAAGGGUGCUGAUAUUGUGGUGAUUCCGGCUGGUAUUCCACGCAAGCCUGGCAUGACACGUGAUGAUCUGUUCAAGAUCAACGCUGGUAUCGUGCAGGGUCUCAUCCAGGGCGUUGCAGAGAACUGCCCAGAGGCUUUCGUCCUCGUCAUCUCCAACCCAGUCAACUCGACUGUUCCCAUCGCUGCUGAGGUCCUCAAGAAGGCCGGCGUCUUCAACCCAAAGAAGCUUUUCGGUGUCACCACACUCGACGUCGUCCGCGCCGAGACCUUCGUGCAGUCCAUCACUGGCACCAAGGACCCGGCCAAGACCAAGAUUCCCGUGAUCGGUGGUCACUCUGGCGAGACUAUCGUUCCACUCUUCUCCAAGGCUGAGCCAUCAGUCAACAUCCCAGAGGACAAGCUCGACGCACUUACCAACCGCGUGCAGUUCGGUGGUGACGAGGUUGUCAAGGCCAAGGAGGGCGCUGGCUCAGCCACUCUCUCAAUGGCAUACGCUGGUUUCCGCUUCGCUGAGCAGGUCAUCAAGGCCUUCAAGGGCGAGUCCGGCAUCGUGGAGCCAACAUUCGUCUACCUACCCGGUGUUGAGGGCGGUGACGAGAUCGUCAAGGAGACCGGCCUCGAGUACUUCUCGGUGCCAGUCGAGCUCGGCAAGGGCGGUGCCCAGAAGGCACGCAACGUCGUCAAGGAGGCCAACGAGUACGAGAAGCUUCUUCUCGUGAAGUGUUACGAGGGUCUCAAGGGCAACAUCGAGAAGGGCAUUGAGUUCGUCCACAACCCACCACCAAAGGCAUAG